UCCAAGUGGUCAGUGGAUUGAAUUGUGCAGAGGGAGCCUGCUCUGGGGACGGUUGGUGGGUAGGCAGCAUGGGAUUCGAGGAGCUGCUAGAUCAGGUGGGCGGCUUUGGGUUCUUCCAAGUGAGGAACGUGUUUCUGUUGGCCUUGCCCCGCUUGAUAAUGCCCAUGCAGUUCCUCCUGCCCAUCUUCCUGGCUGCUGUGCCUGCCCACCGUUGUGCCCUGCCUGGCACCCCUGCCAACUUCAGCCACCAGGACGCAUGGCUGGAGGGCUACCUUCCCCAGGAGCCUGAUGGCACACUCAGCUCCUGCCUCCGCUUCACCCACCCCCAGGCUCCCCACAACACUACGUUGCAGGGAGAGGGGCAGAGUCCUGAGGAGCUGCAGGGUGAGCCCUCCACCGUGCCCUGCCCUCAGGGCUGGGAGUAUGACCGCUCGGAGUUCUCCUCCACUAUUGCAACUGAGUGGGACCUGGUGUGUGAGCGGAAAGGACUAAACAGAGUCACUUCCACCUUAUUCUUCGCUGGUGUGCUGGUGGGGGCUGUGGCCUUCGGAUACCUAUCUGACAGGUUUGGGCGGCGCCGUCUGCUGCUGGUGUCCUAUGUGAGUACCCUGGUGAUGGGUCUGGCGUCUGCAGCCUCUGUCAGCUACGUCAUGUUUGUCAUCACCCGUACCCUCACUGGCACAGCCCUGUCUGGCUUCACCAUCAUUGUGAUAACACUGGAGAUGGAGUGGCUGGACGUGGAACACCGCACCGUGGCAGGUGUCCUGAGCAGCAGCUUCUGGUCAGUGGGCGUGAUGCUGCUGGCACUGGUCGGGUACCUGAUACGGGACUGGCGAUGGCUUCUGGUGGCUGUCACCCUGCCUUGUGUGCCAGGCAUCGUCAGCCUCUGGUGGGUGCCUGAGUCUGCACGCUGGCUUUUGACCCAGGGCCGUGUGGAGGAGGCCCGCAGGUACCUGCUCUGCUGUGCCAAGCUCAAUGGACGGCCUAUGGGUGAGGACAGCCUGAGCCUGGAGACCCUGAGCAAAGUGGCCGCUGGGGAGCGGGUGGUCCAAAGACCUUCGUACCUAGACCUGUUACGGACACCCCGGCUCCGACACAUCUCACUGUGCUGCGUGGUGGUGUGGUUUGCAGUGAACUUUGCCUAUUACGGCCUGAGCCUGAACGUGUCUGGGCUGGGGCUGAACGUGUACCUGACACAGCUGCUAUUCGGAGCCGUGGAGCUGCCCGCCAAGCUGCUCGUCUACCUGUCGGUGCGCUACGCCGGACGCCGCCUCACGCAGGCGGGGACGCUGCUGGGCACUGCCCUCACCCUGGGCGGCAGGCUGCUGCUGUCCUCCGAGAUGGCCUCCUGGAGCACCGCCCUGGAGGUGAUAGGGAAAGGUUGUUCUGAAUCUUCCUUCACCACUGUCUACCUGUUCACGACGGAGUUGUACCCUACUGUGCUCAGACAGACAGGGUUGGGGCUGACUGCACUGAUGGGCCGGCUGGGAGGCUCUUUGGCUCCACUGGCGACCUUGUUGGAUGGAGUAUGGCUGCCACUGCCCAAGCUCACUUACGGGGGGAUUGCCCUGCUGGGUGCCUGCACUGCCCUGCUGCUGCCAGAGACAAGGCAUGCACAGCUACCGGAGACCAUCCAGGAUGUGGAGAGGAAGAGGCAGCCCAGCAAAUGGGGGCUUGUGCCAGUGCCCCAGCACAGGAGACAAUCCCUUGAUGAAGAUUCAUGGUGAAAUGAAGAUUUUUCUGGAGUAAGUUCCUCUACUCUGUAAAGUCAGUUCAGAAAGGGCUGCAGGAGUGUGUGUGCUGAACUCAUCCCUGGGCUGCAGUGCUGUGCCCUGCUGGGAAAGGAGUCCUUGCUGCGUGUCUGGAUUCCGAGACUCUCUGGACUUCGGUCCCCUCCCCUGGGCGGUGGGGAUGGGACUGGUGUCUACAAACUUCCACUCAACACUCCUGUUUCCUCACUUGCUUCAUCAGUACCUUUUGCUUAUAACACUUGCUUCAUCCUCCUAUCCUUUAACGGUGGAAGCUUACUCAUUGUGAAAGAAUCUUUUCUACACAAUUUCAUUAUUUGUUUUGGGUAAUAUGUCAAGGUUCUUAGUUUUAUAACUGUUCCUUCAAGGGAUUCUUCUUUAACAAACUUGAAAAGUAUUAGUUUUAGUCUCCACUGAUAUUUUACUCUCGUGUUUCUGCUUCUCUCAUUUGUUUCUUCAUGAAGAAGGCAGCUGGAGGUUCACUGCCUUUGUUCUCUUUGGCUCUCAUGGAGAAGGCCCUACUUCGGGAGGUUGGGAAGACUUCAUGUUGUAUUUAUUCUUACAUAUACUGCCUCCUUUAGGAAGGGCUGCUAGCUUCAUCUGACCAACGAUCUAAUAUGCUUGGCAUUUCCAGGGCACAUCAGAUAAUGCUUUCCCCAAAUUCCUGAGCUCUUCCUGUGUCGGAUCACAUUGUGCACUGGCCUCAGCCUCCCAGCUGGCCAUCUUUACCCAGCAUCCAGCAUGGGGCCCCAUAGAAGAAACAGGCAUCAGAGUGUGAUAUCAUGCUGCUUUUAUACAACUUGCUGUAAGUCAGGGAGACGAAUGCUUUAUUGCUCCCCAUCUUCUGUGGCCUUCCUGUUUUUAUGGCCAUGACAAACACAGUUUGCCUCAUCUCUUCUAUUUCAGUUCCUAGGAAAGUUGAGGCCCCUUCUUUCCAAUAUUUGUUAUCCAUUUGCAGUUACAGCAAAUCACAAUAUUUCCACUCUUCUUUCUUGCCUGGUUUCCGUUAUUCUGGCUCUAAAAGAGGCUUUGUAAAGAAUGCUAACGGGCAUCAUUAACCUUUCUUGUAGGAAUGCAUUUGCAGUUACUGACAGUGGCUGUUUUAAAUACUUUGUGUGACUAAACCUCUAAAAUACUAUUAUUACAAAUACCACAAAUAGAUAAGUC